UCCCUCGCCAUUUUACGUCAAAGCUGAACCCAUCAAGUUAGCUUCUGUCAGUCGCUGUGUUUGUGUACAGUGUUGUGAAAAAUUAUCUGUGUCGAUGAAUAUCAAUGGGAAAUCGUGCUGAUUGCGACUCAAAACGAUGGGUCGAUCUCUGUGUUUGUGGCUCUGAUGCACCAUUCGAUCUGUGAUGAUGGCCAAGUUUUUGAUGAAGUGAAGUGUUUUGUGUCGUAUGCUGGCCAGUUACGGCAACAGUGAAAUCCGUUCUCUGGAUAAAUCGUCCUCAAGACGACGUCGGAUUACAGAACAGGAAGGUGACACACCAUGUCGGCGAAAGGCGUCCCCGGAGAUAAGAUUAAUCUACGGCUUAUCCUGGUGUCAGGCAAGACUAAGGAGUUCGUGUUCAACCCCAUAGACUCGGCCGGUGACAUAGCUAUACACGUUUACGACAAUUGGCCGGAAGCGGACUGGGCGAGCGAAUGCGUCUCCCGCGCAGAGAUCCUGCGACUCAUCUACCAGGGCCGCUUCCUGCACAGUUCGGUGACCCUGGGCGCGCUAGGGCUGCCCCUCGGCCGCACCACAGUCAUGCAUCUCGUGCCCCGCGAGCAUCUCCCCGAGCCCAACUCCCAUGAGGUACGAUGGACAUAACAUGCUCUAUCCUCUAUUUAUGAUAUCCCAUUCUUCUCACUCUCAAUUAUCAACGACAAAAGAGUAAAGGCGGUUCCAGCAGUUGUUGUUCAACGUCGUGCUGCAUAUUGUAAUGUCAUUACGGGCGCGAGAGGGGCGAGGGCGUUCGGGGGGCGCGGGACUCAAUGUGUUCAGUGAUGUAGACGCGCGAGCGAAUAAAUUCCUUGCGAUGUUUUUAAACAAGAGGCGAGAGCGCGACUGUUAGACAAACGCAUUAAUAUAAUUAUCGUCAAUUCAUUAUUUAUCAUCAUCAUGCACAAAUUGUAUAUUUCGACUUUCGACUAUAACGCACACAGAGACCGCUUUGUUUGAAAAUAUCGCAAGUACAAGUUGCUGUUUCAUUUUCAAAUUCGGGAUAGCUUAAGCGAUCGUGUAUCUCACCGCGUAAAUUAAACUCGUUUAGAUAUCGUGCUGGCGAACUUUUAGUUAGUUGGUAAGAGUCGGAGUGGUCCCGGGGCGAGACUAUGAAUACGGUCGAAGCAACGUCUGUCCCGUCUGCCGAUACAAAUCUUUAGUAUUAUAAUUUAGGCCAUCAUAUGAAUUUAUAUAACGUUACUAUGGAGAUAUUUAUAAAAAAAAAUGACAAAUUAAGUAGUAAAAUGAACGGAGUGUAAAAAUUACUCUCAUUUGCUGUAAAUAGUACUUGAUAAUUCAUUAAGGAGACGAUUUCGGAACUAUUGAUUUGUGAUAAGUUCUUGCAAUAAAUUGGAUUUUUUUAAGUAUAUUAUUUAAAAUGCUAUUUACUGCACUAGUUGUAACUCGUGGCCGAAUCGGAUGAAAUUCUCGCAUAACAUUGGAAAUUCACUAACACGGCGACUGUACAGUAGCUGAGGUGGAAAAAUUUUAGUAAAACAUAAUGGCUUUGUAUUGUAAAUUGAGGUUAAGUCUGCUGGGAAACCUAAAUAUGCGCCUGAUUUGACUAAUAGUGUGUACCAAGCGCCUGAUAAGGUGUCAAUAGCCAAUAUGAACAAAUAUACACCUACCGGUCGUUCGUUCACAUUUUGUAAUUUACAAAAUCACACGAACAACAAGGAUGGAUAUAAUUUUUAAAUAGAAACUAUUUGUAACGAUCGAUAAGAUAUUGAAUAGUACAGUUUCUGAUAUUUCAAAACAAUAUCAAAUUCCAUGUUCAACGAUGAACUGUAUGCGGGUAGAUAUAUAACAGACAAGUUAAUUUAAAGGUUGCUUGCCUCGGGUUGAUUGUUGACAUGUUAUUUGGCCUCGCUGGAGAUGGGUUUGCGAGCAGCCUUGCCUGCCUCCGACUUUCAAACGAGUUCAGCGUUACCAGAACCUAACUUUUGUAAAUAUAUUAGAGCUCUUUAUAUUUUAUAGUUUACAUCACACAUUAUAUAUAGUUAUUCUUUAUUUGGCAUUUUAUAUCUUAGCUAUAAAAUAUUUUUGUUUAAUUGGCAUAAGAUAUUGUUUUAAAUAUUAUUUGGCUUGGCCCUUUGGUUGUAAGUUUGCUGAUAGAAAAUCCUCAGUAAUUUGUAAGCCAGUUAGCAAGUAACCAGCCGUUAUGUUGACGCGAACAUUUUGUGAUAGUACAAAUAAAUUACACAUUGGAGCUGUUGGCUUGAUGUAACAGUGAAACAGUAUUAGUUUGCGAGGCGAGAGUCGACUGUCUUGCCAUUCACUCACUGGGAACUGUUGGGAACGAAUGAAUGAACAACUAGGGAGGGACUUUGCUAUCGACUAAUAUUCUAAUGGCUCAGUAGUUCAAUUUAUUCUUAUUUUCAUUUUCAUACAUAAUGUUUCUUUUCCGUUUAAUGCCUAAACCAUUUUUAUGAAUUUCGGUAUAACGACGAAUAGAACCCAUGAAAUCUUUUUAUAAAUUAUACAAAGAAAAUAAACGGCUUUUCAAAGGAUAUUUCGAAAGUUAUAAUCUUGUAUUUAUUUUUAUUUAAAAAACUUUUCGGCGCGAAGAUAGAAGGUCCCUUCACUGUUGCAUAUCAACGACCGACGUAUGAAUGAUUUACAUUUGGUUGCUCUGUUUAGUUGCUGUAUGUAUGUAUUUUGUUAAGUUGUGUAAAAUACCUAGUUUAUAAAUAAAAUGAUACAAAUUUAUUUGCACGUUUUAUUUUAAUUUCGCUUGUUCUGCAUCCCACAUUAUCUCUUAGAAAUAUAUGUUUUAUUUAAUUUUGUUGUUGAGGCAAGUGUGGAAUAAAUCUCAUUUUUGUAAAUAUAGAUGUUGCUUCGAAAAAAUCGAUUGAAUUAUCGUAAUUCGUAAAUUUAACCAUUAACUAGCAGCUUUUGUAAACUUCUCAAGUAUGUAUAGUCUGAUAACGUAGGUACGUUCGUUUAAGGUGAUAUCGUAGGCCAGAUAGAUCGAUGUCUUCACUGUAUUUUAAUAUUUCUAUAGAAUAGAAAUUUAACUGAACAAAUUAAGUGUUUUUCACACUUGAACCCACGGCGUGGCUAUCAUAUUGAAUAUUAAAGGACUAUUUUCACCCCUAUUAUAAAUAAUAUAGAACAAACGGAAAAUCAAUUAUCUAAAAAAACUAAACGUUUACGCAGAUUUCUACAUUUCGAUCCAAAAGAAAUUA